AUGGCGCCUCACAUUCCAUUCGAGGUAAUCACUGAAAUACUUGCUAAACUUCCUGUGAAAUCCUUGUUGAAAUUUCGAGUUGUGUGCAAGUCAUGGUGCUCCUUAAUCUCAACUAGGCAAUUCGUCAAAAAACAUCUAUCAAGCAAUACUAGUAUCCCCAAAAAAAUAAUCCAGCUGAGUGCUGAUGUCUUAACGUUUUACUCUCUAUAUGAUUCCAAACUAGUCGAGGAAAGUUCACCAAUCAAGUUCCAGAUCGAAAACCCUAAAUUUCAUUGCAUCAAUAAUAAGGGACUCAGUUCUUUCUGGAUCAUGGGUUAUUGUGAUGGUUUGGUAUGCGUAGAAACUUUACAUCCUGAGAGUCGGAUCUUCCUCUGGAAUCCAAGUACAAGAGACUCCAAAAUAUUACCAUGUGGAGUAGUAGGCAAUGGCUGUUUUUCUUGGUGUGGAUUUGGUUAUGACUACAAUAGUGACGACUACAAGGUGCUAAUAGUGGUUCCUCCAGAAGAAUCUAUUGAUAAUGACCAAGAAUACUCUAGUGAUAAAUCCAUGAUUUACACAUUAAGAACAAAUUCUUGGAGAAGGAUUCAGGAUUUCCCUCUUGAUACUAGUUUUUUUUUUGAAAGAACUCUUGAUACUAGUUGUAGCAUGGUUGAUAUGUCUGCUACUCUUGUAAAUGGGGCUCUACAUUGGAUGGCGAGGCAAGGAUCAAAUAAUUCGUGGGUAAUAGUUGCUCUUGAUUUAACUACUGAGACAUACAUGGAUGUGCCGCAACCUGAUUUUUAUGGGACUCCUGUUGAGCAUAUUGGAAUUGGGGCCUCAAGCACAGGGUGCUUAUGCUUAAAUGUUUACAACGGUGCUGGUCGUCGAAGUUAUGAUUUUUGGGUGAUGAACGAAUAUGGGGUGCAAGAGUCUUGGACUAUUUCGCUCAAAAUCCCAUACAUGGUUGACGAUGUAUGUGUCGAUGGCCUAAGACCGGUGACAUGGUAUUCUGAAAAUGGGAAAAUUUUGUUCAAUAGAGAUGGGAAACGGGCUACUUACAACGCAAACAAAAAUUCAGUUAGGUAUCUGCGUCCAACAACUAGUACUUAUUAUUCAUGUCCUCAUGGUGAUGUUUAUGUUGAGAGCUUAGUUUCACCCAAUGCUUACAGUAGCCGUGAAGCCAAAGAAAUUAGCCGCCUCAGUAUCAAUGUAGGAAGAACAAGAAGACGAGUGAUGAAUGUGUAG